AUGCAGCGGCUGCAGUGCACAGAUCCCUUUGAGGAAGACGUGCGUAAGCUAGGGUUUGAUCCCCCCCCUAAGCCCACCACCACCAGCAGCAGCAGCAGCAACAGCAACAGCAACAGUAGCAGGAGUAACAGCAGCAGCAGCAGCAGCAAUAAGAAUAAAUGUCUUAUGCACUCCGGAUUGAAUACAGCAACAGCAGCAGCAGGGGGACCAGGAGGAGCAGCAACAAUAGCAGAAGUUGCAGAAGCAGCAUCAAAAGCAUGCGGUCCCCCUGAGGUUCCUGCAUCUAUGCAGCAGCAGCAGCAGCAGCAUUUGGUGCGGCAGCAAAUGCUGCAGCAACUGCAGCAAAACUUAGAUCAUGAUGAACCCCCUGUAGAUGCCAUCAUUAGUUUAUGUAACAAAGAUCGUCUUGAGCGCCAACUCAUUCCUUGCUUCAGAGAGAUCCGUGCAGCAAUGCGUUUGUUGCUGCACGGGGAAGGGGCAGAGAGAGCGAUGCUAGGGGAGGCACUUGUGCUGUCUCUUACCUCUGCUGUCUCUAUUAUAGAUAAUGAGCUUGCUGCUUACCACAGAUAUGUGAGGGAUUUAGAGACAGCCUUAGCUCGAUGGAAGGAUAGAGAGAUAGAGCUGCAGCAGCUGCUGCAGCACCAGCAGCAACUGCAGCAAAUAGUAGCUAGUCAUCAACGAUUAAGAGACGAAGACAAAAAACAUUACGAAGAAAUCAUCAAAAAUCUUCAUGAUAGAAUUGAUGAGCUGCAGCAAGAAAUUGCUAGACUUGAGCCUGAAGACGAGCUAGUUGCGGAGACACGGGAUCGUCACGGGGAGUUGCUGCAGCUGCUGCAGGGUAGAGCAGCAGAGCAUGCAGUGCAAGGAGAAUUGCUGCAGCAAGGGAGGCUGCUGCUGCAGCAAAUAACCACAGGGGUGCUGCCAAUGGAGUCUCUUAGAGACAAAGAGAGAGGAAGAGUAUACGAGACCAAGGAGGGCGAACUCUGCUUCAGGUACCAGCAGCAGCAGCAGCAGCAGCAGCAGGAGCAGCGUGCAACACCUGCAGCAGCAGCAGCAGCAGCAGAAGCAUUGACAGUAGAUGACAGCAGCAGCAGCAACAAAUGUGGCACGAUGAACAGCAGCAGUAGCCAUAGCAGUAGCACCAUCACCAGCAGCAACAGCAGCAGCAGCAGCAGCAGCAGCAGCUGUCUCCUUUUGUGCUGCAGGCCUUAUGAUGUAAAGGAGAGAGGGGGUCCCCCUCCUGGUCUGUCCCUGGAGGAGAUAGUUGCUGUAGCUGCAGCAGCAUAUAAGGCGAAGGCAGCAUCGGAUGCAGCAGCAGCAGCAGCAGCAGCAGCACCAGGGCAGCAGCAGAAGCAAAUAAGAUUGUCUCUUGUGGAGACACUAGAGGAUAUUCUUACCCUCAGCAGACCAACACAAAAAGAAGUACAGCAUACACUAGCUAGUAUUACAUAUACUCUGCUGCUGCUGCAGAGGGACCAGGAGCAGCAGCAGCAGCAACUGCAGCAACAACUGCAACAGCAGCCACAGCAGCAGCAGCAUCAACAGCAGCAGCAGCAGCAGCAGAACGAUUCUCCCGAGUUUUUUACUUUGAGGAGGGCAGUGCGCUUCGGCAGGUAA